AUGUUAAACAAGAUGACCUCCUCUCAGCAGCAGCAGAUGAUGCGAGGUCCUAGGUGGAACCGGGCCUUGUCCGACCCUUUUUUUGUCCUGCUUCUGGCCCUCCAGCUGCUGGUGGUGGCAGGGCUGGUACGUGCUCAGACAUGCCCCUCUGCCUGCUCCUGUAGUAACCAGUUCAGCAAAGUCAUCUGCACCCGCCGAGGCCUGCGGGAUGUCCCUGAUGGCAUCUCUACCAACACCCGCUAUCUGAAUCUGCAAGAAAAUCUUAUUCAGGUCAUAAAGGUGGACAGCUUCAAGCACCUAAGACAUCUGGAGAUCCUGCAGCUGAGCAAAAACCACAUACGCAAAAUUGAGCUGGGGGCCUUCAAUGGACUGGCCAGCCUCAAUACAUUGGAGCUUUUUGAUAACCGCCUCACCACUAUCCCAAACGGGGCAUUUGAGUACCUGUCCAAACUAAAGGAGCUUUGGCUAAGAAAUAACCCCAUAGAGAGCAUUCCCUCCUAUGCUUUCAACAGAGUGCCCUCAUUACGUCGGUUGGACCUUGGAGAGCUCAAACGGCUCUCCUACAUAUCUGAGGGGGCCUUUGAAGGGCUGAACAAUCUGCGCUACCUAAAUCUGGGAAUGUGCAAUCUGAAGGAAAUUCCCAAUCUUAUUCCCCUGGUGAAGCUGGAUGAACUGGAGAUGUCGGGGAACCAGGUAGCUGUCAUCCGACCUGGCUCUUUUAAGGGGCUCAUCCAUUUGCAGAAGCUAUGGAUGAUGCAUGCCCAGAUCCAGACCAUAGAAAGGAACUCUUUUGAUGACCUGCAGUCAUUGGUGGAGCUCAAUCUAGCCCAUAACAACCUUACCCUUUUGCCCCAUGAUCUCUUCACUCCUUUACAUCACCUGGAGAGGGUGCACUUGCACCACAACCCGUGGAAUUGUAACUGUGACAUCCUCUGGCUUAGCUGGUGGCUAAAAGAGAUGGUACCAGCUAACACCAGCUGCUGUGCCCGCUGCAGCUCACCAACCCACCAUAAAGGACGAUACAUUGGCGAGCUGGAUCAGAACUACUUUCACUGUUAUGCUCCUGUUAUUGUGGAGCCUCCCGUAGACCUAAAUGUGACAGAAGGAAGCGCUGCAGAGUUGAAAUGCAGAGCCAACUCCUUGACCUCGGUAAGCUGGAUUACACCCAAUGGUUCCAUCAUGACACACGGUGCUUACAAGAUCAGAAUCUCUGUGCUAAAUGAUGGCACUCUGAACUUCACCAAUGUUACCAUGCAGGACACAGGCACAUACACAUGUAUGGUCAGUAAUUCUGCAGGAAACACAACAGCAUCUGCCACGCUCAAUGUGUCCUCUACAGAGAACAGCAGCUUCAGCUACUUCACCACAGUGACAGUGGAGACCAUAGAAUCACCACAUAAUGAAGCCUUCACCACUGCUGUGCAACAGAAGGUGGGACCCACGCCUUCUGCUGGUACAUGGGAAUCUGUUUCUCCCACCUCUACAACUACCACAACAGUCCGGACUCCACUCUACACUCGCGCCACAGAGAAGACUUACACAAUCCCAGUCACAGAGCUGGGUGGGGAAGGCUCACUGAAUGGUUUGGAUGAGGUCAUGAAGACAACUAAGAUCAUCAUUGGCUGCUUUGUUGCAAUCACACUCAUGGCAGCAGUCAUGCUGAUCAUUUUCUACAAGAUGCGCAAACAGCACCACCAGCAGAACAACCACGCACCCACACGCACCAUUGAGAUCAUCAAUGUGGACGAGGACUGUGUAACAGGAGGCCCGGGCAUGGAAGGCCACCUGACCCUGCCUCCUCUUGAGCAUGAGCACCUCAACCACUACCAUGCCUAUAAGACUGCAUACAACCAUGCCUCCACUAUCAACUCCAUACACAGUUCAGCGCACGAACCUUUGUUAAUUCGGGCCAGCUCAAAAGACAAUGUACAAGAGACCCAAAUCUAA